GUUCUCGCUCUUCCCAUUCUCCUCGCAUCGACACGUGUCGUCGCCCGUGACGCGUUCAGAGAGGAGAGAGGGAGAGGAGGACAGAGGAAGAGGAAAGGUGCCAUUUUUUUACUUUUUUUUUUCCUUUUCUUUUUGAGAGAGAAAAGGUGCCAUUUUGAUACAGAGAAUGAAUGAAUGAAUGAAUAGGUUUGGAUUGGGGGGAGGAGUGAUACCCAAGUGAGGAAAAGGGGGCAGUAAUGAUGGGGGGAGCUCACGAGUGGGAUUAAAUGGAGUUGUGGGUUUUGAUCCGCUCCACUUUCCCCUGUUUCUCAAAGAUCCCAUUUUGAAUAUAUUUGAAGAGGAAAAGAAGAGAGAGAGAGAGAGAGAAAGAAAGAGAAGAGAGGGAGAAGGGGUGUAAAAAAAGGGCAGAGAAAAGCUUCUUCUUCAAUGCCCUUUUUGUAGAGAAGGUGAAAAAAAUGGCCGAAAAUUGUUGUUUCUUCAAUAAGGACAUACUUAUUGUAAAGCCUCCGAAGAAAUCACCACUCGCAUUGAGGAUGAUCGUUUUAGGUGUAGCUAUGAUUUGUGGGGUUUACAUAUGCUCGGUGUGCCUGAAGCAAAUAGGAAACAACACCAUUCCCAGAAUGAUUAAGAUUGAGCGAACAACGCACUCUUGUCGUAGAGCUAGUUUUUCGCAAUUCGAGAAUACUCAUCUACACUACCCAGAACCGACAACUUACAGCAGGGGUGAAUGUGCAUGCACGCCAGUUCGGUUCUUUGCUAUACUUUCGACACAGCGAUCUGGAAGCGGGUGGUUCGAGACUCUUUUGAACAGUCAUAUUAACAUCAGCUCGAACGGGGAGAUUUUUUCUGCCAAAGAAAGGAGAAGUAACAUAUCUUCUAUAAUACAAACGCUGGAUAAAGUUUACAAUCUGGAUUGGUACAGCAGUGCUGCGAAAAAUGAAUGCACAGCUGCAGUUGGCUUCAAGUGGAUGCUUAAUCAGGGUCUUAUCGAGAACCAUGAAGAAGUAGUUGCCUACUUUAGCCGUAGACACAUCUCUGCAAUAUUUCUAUUCAGAAGAAACCUACUUCGCCAGUUGGUCUCGCUGCUUGCGAACAACCACGACCGAGAUCUUAAACAGUUAAACGGGACGCAUAAAGCUCAUGUACACUCCAAAGAUGAGGCUGAUGUGCUUGCCAGAUACAAGCCCAAACUCAAUGCUACGUCGUUGAUUCCGAGACUUAAACAAGCUGAAGAGUACGUGGCGAACGCUAUUGAAAGCUUAAAGACCAUCUCUCACAUCGUAAUUUUCUACGAGGAUCUCAUUAAUAAUCAAACAAUGCUCAUGGAUGUGCUCAAUUUCAUGGGAAUGCCUGAGAGGAAGUUAUUUAGCCGACAUGUAAAGAUACACAGGAAGCCGUUAGCAGAGCAAAUCGAGAACUGGGACGAAGUCUACAACGUUCUUAACGGCACACGAUACGAGAGCUUCUUGAAUUCUGAUUAUAGUAUGUAGAAUUGAGACUGUUUUGUAAUGUUGAUGUACAUAGAGUUUCAUUUCCUCGAUUUUUUUUUUUUUCCUUUUUUCGUGUGAAAGUUGAUUACUGCAGAGGUUUUCCUUGACAACAACUCUCUCUGCUGAGCUCCAACUGUAUUUUGUUACCCUUAAUAGAAUUAGUGUGCGAAAUUUUCAUUUUUGAAAUCAACUGUGUGUUUUCGCUGCUCA